UUUGGAAGCGACAUCAGAGGUGAAAACAUGUGGGCUGAAGACGAUUUGGGUGCAGGUGCUCCACCAUGCCUGCAGAGUUACAUAGAACCAGUAGACGGUGAAGUCUACAGAAUGUAUCAUGGCACAUCAAGGCAGGCGGCUGAAAAAAUCAAAGUCUCUGGCUUCAAACCAUCUUCUAAAGGAAUGCUCGGGCCUGGCGUCUACCUCAGCCGGGACCUAGAGAAGGCUUCCAGAUAUCCUCUGGAUUUACCUGAGAACCAGAGAGUGGUUCUGAGGGUGAAGGUCAAUGUUGGGAGAGUCAAGAAGAUUGAUUGUCAAGAUCAUCCACUACAGAAAACCUGGCAUGAUCACGGGUACGACACUGCCUGGUGCCCUCCAAAGUGUGGCAUGGUGCCAAGUGGUCUUGAAGAAGAUUGUGUUUGGGAUCCAAAACGAAUCGCAGUUAUUGGUGAAAUACGCCCGAAAACACAAGGAGCACGUGGUGCCUGCCAUGAGCGUUACUGGGUCACAUUUGUGGCAAACAUGUGGGAAGAAGAAGACGACUUGGGUCCAGGUGCUCCACCAUGCCUUGAGAGUUACAGUGGACCAGAGGAUGGUAAAGUCUACAGAAUGUACCAUGGCACAUCAAGGGAGAAUGCUGAAAAAAUUCAAGUCUCUGGCUUCAAGCAGUCUUCUGAUGGCAUGCUCGGACGUGGAGUCUACCUCAGCCGAGAUCUAGAGAAAGCCUCCAGAUACCCUUUGAAUCUAUCGGUGAAUGAGAAAGUUAUUGUGAGAGUGAGCGUCAAUGUUGGGAGAGUCAAGAAGAUUGACCGUCAAGGUCAUCCACUGCAGAAAACCUGGCAUGAUCACAGGUACGACACUGCCUGGUGUCCUCCAAAGUGUGGCAUGGUGACAAGUGGUCUUGAAGAAAACUGUGUUUGGGAUCCAAGACGAAUCACAGUCAUUGAUUUAAUUUACCCAAAGACAGAGGAGGAAAGUUUUUGCAGAAUCCUCUGGACCACUGCAAGAGCAGCAGAACAGAUCAAAAUCCAUGGCUUUCAGCCAUCUCCAGAUGGCCUGCUGGGACGUGGCGUCUACCUCAGUCGAGAUCUUAACAAGGCCAGCAGAUACCCACUUGAUAAGCCACGUGAGAGAGAGGUUAUCAGAGUCAUCAUUGAUCUGAUUUUAAGUACAACUCCCAUCACUGUCACCUGCAGAAGUUCUCAGACGACACCGCCAUUGUUGGUUGUGUGUCCGGGGAGAAUGAGCAGGAAUACAGGGGGGGUCAUUGCUGACGUUGUGGACUGGUGUGAGGGAAACCAUCUGUUACUGAACACCAGUAAGACAAAAGAGUUGGUGCUUGACUUCAGAAGGAACCCUCCAGCUUAUACACCUGUGAGCAUCCAGGGCUCGGACAUUGAGAUUGUGAACACUUUUAAAUACCUGGGUGUUCACUUGAACAAUAAACUGGACUGGUCAACAAAUACAGAUGCCCUGUAUAGAAAGGGCCAAAGUCGCCUCUACCUGUUGAGAAGACUGAGGUCCUUUGGGGUAUGCAGAGAACUCCUACAGACUUUUUAUGACACAGUAGUGGCCUCAGUAGUUCUCUACGCUGUUGUGUGCUGGGCAGGGGGCAGCUCGGACAGAGAUAGGAAAAGACUUAACAAGCUCGUUAAGAGAGCUGGUUCUGUCCUGGGAUGCACACUGGAUACCAUCGAGGAAGUGGCGGACAGAAGGAUGCUAGUAAAACUGUCAUCCACUAUGGAUAACUCCUCUCACCCCUUGCACCACACUGUGGAGGCUCUGAGCAGCUCCUUCACAGCAAACAUGUGGGCAGAAGAUGACUUGGGUCCAGGUGCUUCAUGCCUCUGGAGUUAUACAGCUCCACAAGAAGGCAAAGUGUAUGUAAAGUAUCACUGGACAUCCAUGGCAGCUGCACUAAACAUUUUCACAGAGGGAUUUCAGCAGUCUGUUGAUGGCAUGCUUGCAUGUGGCGUCUACCUCAGCCGAGAUCCACAGAAGAAGCAACACCAGAGUGCAAACAUGUGGGCUGAAGACGAUUUGGGUCCAGGAGCUCCACCAUGCCUUGAGAGUUACAGAGAACCAGCAGAUGGUAAAGUCUACAGAAUGUAUCACGGCACAUCAAGGGAGGCGGCUGAAAAAAUCAAAGUCUCUGGAUUUAAACCAUCUUCUAAAGGGAUGCUUGGGCCUGGUGUUUACCUCAGCCGGGACCUAGAAAAGGCCUCAAGAUAUCCUCUGGAUCUACCUGAGAACCAGAGAGUGGUUCUGAGAGUGAAGGUCAAUGUUGGAAGAGUGAAGAAGAUUGACCGUAAAGGUCAUCCACUACAGAAAACCUGGCAUGAUCACGGGUAUGACACUGCCUGGUGUCCUCCAAAGUGUGGCAUGGUACCAAGUGGUCUUGAGGAAGACUGUGUUUGGGAUCCACAACGAAUCACAGUCAUUCGUGAAAUACGCCCAAAAACACAAAGAGCAGGCAUCACUGUCACUGGCAAUGGCGGUGUCACUGUCACUGGCAAUGUCACUGGCAAGGGCAAUGGCGGUGUCAUUGUCGCUGACAAUGUCACUGGCAAUGGCGGUGUCAUUGUCGCUGACAAUGGCAGUGUCAUUGUCGCUGGCAGUGUCACUGGCAAUGGCGGUGUCAUUGUGGCAAUGUCACUGGACAAUGUCAUUGUCGCUGGCAAUGUCACUGGCAAUGGCGGUGUCAUUGUCGCUGACAAUGGCAGUGUCAUUGUCGCUGGCAGUGUCACUGGCAAUGGCAAUGGCGGUGUCAUUGUCGCUAAAAAUGGCGGUGUCAUUGUCGCUGGCAAUGUCAUUGGCAAUGGCAAUGGCGGUGUCAUUGUCACUGGCAAUGGCGGUGUCAUUGUCACUGGCAAAGGCAAAGGCAAUGGCAAUUUAAUUUUUAAUUUUUAA